AUGUGGGAAUCAAUGAAAUUGAUCGAAAAAGCAAAUCAUUUAAAAAAAAUACAUCCUCGAAAACUUUUUCCCGAUCGAACUUCUCCAAAAAAUGAUAAUUUAAAAUCUCUUUCAUUUACUGUUUAUUCGUCUCGGCAUUUAAUAUCAACUCAAAAACAAAAUGUAUCUUAUCGUUCAGAUGAACAAAUUUUACCGCCUAUUGAAAGCCGAAAUCAGCGAAAGAAAAAACGUCCAUCUUAUCGUUCAUCGCUUUAUCAUCCUGGUAAAGUUCAUUCUAAUGAAAGCGAUUUAUCUUCGUUAACUGCACGUGGUACGAAAUCAGAAUUAUUAACAACACUAAGAGAAGAUGAAUUCAUAAAAAAUUACGAGCAUCAUCAUGCUCCACCGCCAAGUCCAUCGGAUGAUCAACUUGAACGAUUUUUAUAUGAAUUUAAUCGAGCAAGAAAUUUUUCGCCUUGUCCAAUAACACAUCAAGAUGGCCAAGUACCAUAUCGUUUACCAGCACUUAAAAAAACAAAUCGAGAAACACAUUCAGAAUUAACCUAUCCAUCUCAAUAUAUUAACACAACUACAUCAAAUUAUUUUGACACAUUUUAUUGA